AUGGCAACCCAGUUGUCUGGAUCAAUGGAUGGAGGGAAUCACUCGAUUGUAUCUGAGUUUGUUUUUCUGGGCCUUACUCACUCAUGGGAGAUCCAGCUUCUUCUCUUGGUAGUCUCUCCUGUGUUCUAUGUGGCAAGCAUGACUGGGAAUAUCCUCAUCAUAUUUUCUGUGACCAUUGACCCUCACUUGCAUUCCCCCAUGUACUUUUAACUAGCCAAUCUCUCCUUUAUUGACUUGGGUGCCUGCUCUGUCACCUCACCCAAGAUGAUUUAUGACUUUUUCAGAAAUCGUAAAGUUAUCUCCUUUGGAGGGUGCAUUGUUCAGAUCUUCUUCAUCCAUUGCAUUGGUGGUGUAGAGAUGGUCCUGCUCAUAGCCAUGGCCUUUGACAGAUAUGUAGCCAUCUGUAAGCCUCUCCACUAUCAGACCAUCAUGAGUCCUCGAAUGUGUGUCUUGUUUUUGACCGCAGCCUGGAUCCUUGGUGUUAGUCACUCACUGUUCCAACUAGCAUUUAUUGUUAAUUUACCCUUCUGUGGCCCUAAUGUGAUGGAUAGCUUUUACUGCGAUCUUCCUCGACUUCUCAGACUUGCCUGUGCAGAUACCUACAGAUUACAGUUCAUGGUCACUGCUAAUAGUGGGUUUAUCUGUGUUGGUUCUUUCUUUAUACUCCUCAUUUCCUAUGCUUUUAUUCUGUUUACUGUGUGCAAACAUUCCUCAGGUGGUUCUUCUAAGGCUCUUUCUACACUGUCAGCUCACAUCACUGUUGUCCUUUUGUUUUUUGGUCCAACAAUGUUUGUCUAUACAUGGCCACACCCCAAAUCACAGCUUGACAAGUUUCUUGCUAUUUUUGAUGCCGUUCUCACUCCUUUCCUGAAUCCAGUAAUUUAUACAUUCAGGAAUAAAGAGAUGAAGGCAGCGAUGAAGAGAGUAUGCAAAAGGCUUAGGAUUUACAGGAAGAUUUCAUAA